UUAUAAUUGCACACGACAUAGAAAGGCGGACCCGAUAUACGACGAAGACCAUAGCGCAUCGCCUUUCCUUUAUAUUUCAUAAAGAAACCUUUGAACGAUGCUGAACCGCUUCGCCCUCGGACUGAGCCUGCUCCUGCUUUCGUCGAACGCCGGCGCUCUCAAAAUCGAUAAUCCUGGCCCAUUGUCUACUGUUUCACCCGGCCAAAAUGUGCCUAUCUUUGCCAGUGCGGACGGAAGGUCAAGUCCAGCAACAUUCACCUUCUGUGCUGUACUUGACGCCGCGAACCGUCGCGUCAGCGGGUGUGGAGGCGGUACUUCUUUCGACGCAGCUGAUCUCAGCAGUGGAAGGGUGACCGCUGUGCUUCCUCCCAGUCUACCCCCAGGCAGCUACCGCGUCGCCAUUGGAACAGCGGGUGCGACGUGUGCGGGUCUUUCAUGUGCUAGCAACCAGGUCGUGGGAGAUGCAUUCACCAUCGCUCCGAAGCAGGUGUCCUCAGCAAAGCUAUCAAGCCCAGCGAACGACCCGAGUGCUUUCGGAAUCAUUGUGACCAUAGGCACGAAUGUCGCAGCUGGUCAAGUCACCCCCUUUAAGGUCGACACGGAUCCACGCUUCGAUGAAGCCACCGACAUCACUGCCUGCGAGUUCCAAGCCGCUGGCACGACUGGGGGCGAUGGUAUCAAAUGUGUUGGCGCUGAUGGAGCGCCGCUGUCUGGAACACUCAAGAUCGCUGAUUUGCGCUCAGGGAAAUAUGGCGUGAGCCCGGCGGCCGCGACGAGAGGAUCGUUCGUGGUGCAUUUGAGCGUCUCGAGCGCGGGAUGCCGCGUGGAUGACGGUUGCAGAGCUGAUGAGGUGACGAGCGCAGCGUUCCAAGUGGUAGCUGCGAAGGACGUUAAUCCAGCACCUGCUCCCGCACCUGCUCCCGCCCCGGCCCCCCCACAAGUAACCUCACCGGCAGUCCCACAAAUAAGCGUCCCUCCUCCAGCAAGCUCGACCACCUCAGCGCCUCCCGCGGCAGUCACCAGAAGCACGGUGGUUGUUGUCGAGCCAUCCGCAUCAGCGCCUCCCACGGCUCCGGACCCCACCCCGUCCAAAUCAUCAGUGCGAGCAUCCACCACCUCUGCAGCAGUGUCGAGGUCUACCCCAGCAGCGUCGCCCACCGUCCUCAUCCAGAGUGCAGCCGGACGCAUGGUAGCGCAACCGGUCGAAUGGUACAGCUAUGUUGUCGCUUUGAUGGUUGUCGUUCUCUUUACCUCCACUCCCAUAUGAUUUCUCGGGAUCGCUCUAUUCGGG